AUGGCUUCAGCAACAUAUCAGAUUGAAAAGCCACUUCGCAGUGACUAUGACGAAUGGUCAAGACUGUUUCGCGCCUACAUCGACUUUUACAAGUCCAAGAUUGAAGAAGAUCAGUACGCCAGGACAUUUGACCGAAUCAUCGAGCAAAAGAAUGGACUCCAGGCUUUAGUUGUCAGGAAAGUGUGCGGAGAGGAGAAAUCUCUUGUUGGAAUUGCGCACUUCUUCCCUGAGCAGACACCUUGGAGUGAGAAGCAGAUUCUUCUACUGAAUGAUCUAUUCGUUGACCCCUCGGUUCGCGGCGAAGGACUUGGAAGAAAGUUGACCGAAGCCGUGGCGGACAUUGGAAGAGAGAUGGGAUGCACGAGGGUUCAGUGGGUUACCAAGCACGACAAUGCUACUGCACGAAAGCUUUAUGAUACUAUGGCUGAGACGCAAUUUGUUCAGUAUAGGAUGACUUUGUAG